AGUGGUGACAUCAUCUUGUAUGACUUAUCACCGGGGGUGGUUUCAUUUGGUGUUGCGGUAGCUCUGCAGUGGUUUGGGGAUUGAAUCGUUCCAGUAGGAGACUAGAACAAUUCAUUAUGAAGUCCUUGUCGGCGAGAAUCUAUGACUGAGGGAUUGCACUGCACAUUGGAGCACACCUCCCCCCUGAAGAAUACUCGCAGGUCUGAAGCGAGCAUAAACAUAUAGAAAGACCAAGUUCUCAUUAGAGCACCCCAUAAACGCCUACCCAGAUUGAUUAUGCACAUAUGCCGGUCAGCCCGAUCCCUCGAAAACCGACCGGCUUCCUUUUUCCACCCGCGGAGAAAGCUGCCGCGCGACCCUUCGGUCCAGGCAGCGUCCCCCGGCCCGGCGAUAGAAAAGACAUCAAGACGCUUGUUGUAAAGUCCAAGACUCGCGCGGUGAGGUAUAAUACGAUAAGAUGACCCGUUUCCAACCUUCCACUUUCUGUUCCCACCACCAGUUGCUAUUCCCCAGGAGAAGCCGUGAGCCCGAGCCGAUCGUUCGAAGUUCGAGUCCGCAGGUCGGGUCCCAUGCCGCUAGGGAAGCGAUCAGAAUAAUCACUCAGCAACCAAUCCUCAAGGAAUAUAAUCGCUUAGGCGCCACCGACGAGGACGUUGUUGACGGGGAUGUGGA